UUUACAAAAAAUAAGAAAAAUAAACUCAUUCCAGUACAGCUCAGCUAAUAGCCCCAAUAAUUCAAUUAAAUGUAUCAAAACACCAGAUUUAAAAACGUAAAGCAAUCGAAAUAAAUCCUGCAAUCAUUAGGGUCUCCUUCUUGUUAAAAAUAAAUCAAUUUGGCGCGGACAUAAGCGCGGUCGCCGCCUUAAACUUUAUCCGUUUUCCGACCAAUCACGCGUCAACUAAACGGUAGCUAAGUACGCCUCCCAGCAUCCGAGACUUUCGAGAUCAUCCUAUGGACCUCCUAUCAAGAUACGGCACGGUACUUUUAUAAUUAGUAUCACUUUAGUUAGCGGCGGCCCUUGGUGUGAAAAUAUCUUUUUAGAAUGUGCCCAAGUGCUUUAAAAGUGAUUUGUGCAUGUGUGAUUUAUUAAGUGAGGAACCUUAAACUGGUUUAGUACCAUCUGGGUGUAGUUUUUUAAAGGAUAUUUUGCAUAUAAAUGUUCAUAACGAUGGAAAUCCGUCCAGCAUCCACCACCACGAGAUUAGAAAAAGACAAGCCCAAAUUAAAAUUCGGUAUGGACAGACUGCUUUCCAGUGAGGAAAAUAACACGUCAACCCAUAUAGCAAAUGGCUCCAUUGCCAAACCUUUACCACAGAUAGCAGUUCCAUGUUCUGAUUGUGUUUCUUCCUUAUUCAGAUGCUGCAGGCUCAGCCCUUCCGGAGAGUGUCAAUCAGAGCUUUUACCUGGACUAUCUGGUUUAUUUAAUGGUCACACCUACACGAUUCCUCGCAGUGAAAUGGUUUAUAGUGGACAACCUAUUAAACCGUUUGCCACAAGACCAGCUCCACGGCUAAAUAUUCCAGCAGGAUCCACGUCUCCCCCAUCAACAAUGGGCACGAAUACUAAGAGAAAACGAUCGUGGUCUCGUGCGGUGUUCAGUAAUUUGCAAAGAAAAGGACUGGAAAGACGGUUUCAGCUUCAAAAGUACAUCACUAAACCCGAUAGGAGGCAACUGGCUGCCACAUUGGGUUUAACGGAUGCUCAAGUAAAAGUUUGGUUUCAAAACCGAAGGAUGAAGUGGCGACAUUCAAAAGAGAUUUCUAAACUAGGAGACAGCGCGGUAGAUUCGACGCAAGAAGAAAUUCAUAUUGAUGUUGAUACUAUUGAUGAAGAUGUUGACUGAUUUAUUAAAUGUUGUUUUUUUGUUUU